AUGAGCCCUCAUCAGAAGAACGCGGGAAGGUGUGCCGGAAGGUCGGGUAAAGAAAAGGCCCUGUUGAAAACAAAUAACAUCAACAUAGAUAACGAUAUUAUCAACGUUAAGAAUUUAAAAUGCCUUGACAACACAAACGACAGCAACAACAACAUUAACAACAACAACAGCAGCAAAAACAACAACGACAACAACAACGUCAACAAAAUUGCGGCUAACACUGAUCCUUCUUCAUGUCAUCAAUUUUUAAGUAACAUCAAAGACAACAACCUACCAGGCACUGCUAACAACCAAAACAUCAAUUACAUUUACAAAACUCCUGGUAACUUUUGCGAUAGUAAUAGUGAUAUCAACAACAUCAUCAACAACUAUAAUAACAACGACGGCGGUAGUAGUAAUGCCAGUAUUAGUAGUAGUAUUUGUAGUAGCAGUGGUAGUUGUGGUAGCAGCAGCAGUAGUAAUGGUGGUGGCGAUGGUUACGGUAAUACAAAUAAAGAUGCAAAGUUUAUUGAAGAGAAAAAAUACAAAACCGUUAGAAAAUGUUAUUCCCGCAAAUCGCCGUAUGCCUCUCUUAUGACCGGAAACAACUCAGUAGAGACAAAACCGUCAGCACCCCUUCAACAAAUUGAAAACAACGCCACAAAUGAUCAUGUCGCCAUAUCUAACAACACCAACGACAACGACAACGAUUCGAGCCACGCAACGACUUCAAACCCAAACAACAACAGCCACAACAGUGGCCACAACAGCAACCACAACAAAUAUUUCGGUUUCUACACACCGCCAAAUCGCGCGCCAGCCGGCAGAGGAAGAUUCAAAAAGAAUUUCACCAUCCCAUUUUCUUCAUCAUCAGCAGCUACAGCAUCGGUGGCUAACUUGUCAUCAUCAUCGGCAACAAUGCCAUCAUCGUGUGGCGGACAGGAUGCACACGCACAUGUGGCUACUACUGCAGCUGCAGCUAUCAACAGCAGCCAAUCAACUAAGGAUAUCGCUCAAACUCCUUUACAUCAAUUGGUUGAGAUAGGAUGUGUGGAUAUGGUGGAAGAAAUAUUGAGGAACAGUCUGAUCAACGUGAACGUUCAGAACAACCGCGGCAUCACACCUCUGCACAUCUCUUCAAAAUUGGGACACGUCGUCAUCACGGAGUUGCUGCUCAGCUAUGGGGCCCACCCUAACUUAGCGAACAACCACCUGAAAAUUGUCCAUCUCCUCUUGUCAUAUGGCGCCGAUCCUACCCUCACCUGCUUCCAAGAUAAGAAGAUUCUACAGAUGGCCAAGACUAAAAAGAUGAAAUCAUAUCUUAUUGGUAGGUCGAUUAUGUCGGAUUUGAACCAGACUCAAAUGAGUCAACCUCUGAUGUGGGGCUUCCAUAGGUUCAGCAAGUUCAAAAAUAUCAUCAGUGAAGAACAGGUUAUCAACAGCUGUAACAUCAGUAACAUCAACUACAAUAACAUCAUCAACAACAACAACAACAAAGUUGACUACGAUUAUGAUUGCAACACACCUGCUGACGUUGGUGAUGAUGAUGACGAUCUCAAACUGAAGUCACGUGAUGUUAUUUUUGAUCUUCUUCCGACUCCAUCACUGUCCGUUUACAAAAUUCAAACGAAUCACUCGGACAGAUUCAAGCGUUGUCAUCUCCUAAGUGACGUCUGUAGGAGUUUGAACGUGAAGCCAAAACUCUUCAUGAGCAAGCACUGCCAGAGGACCAACAACACCAGCAGCAGCAAAAACAACAACAGAAACUGCAAAAACAUCAAUUCAAAAUGUCAGGUCGUCGAGUGUUUCCAACAAAAUGCGGUCUGCCUCUACGAAGGUGAGAAAAAUGAGGAUAGUAACGAAGCCGAUGUCCUUGAUAGCGAUGCGAAAGACGAUGAUGCCGAUAACGAACCCACGCAUUACUUCGGUAGACACUCUAAAAAGGAGCAAACAACAAAGAAUCACUCAUCGUCAUCGUCUUCAUCUUCAUCAUCAGUCGCCACGACAUCAGCUGCAACACACGAUGAAAAAGAGCUAGGAACUGUAGCAAAGUACGUCGUUAUGAACAAGAGUCUCAACAGGCUGUUGGGCGUGGAAUCCUUCCGUGUUCAAGCCACUCCGAGUAUUCCAUCUCACCGGAUGAAAGUUGAUGUCGAACUACCACCACAACAACAACCAACACCACAAUUACAACUUCCGCAACAUCCACCGCCACAACAACAACAACAACAACUUCCACAAGUUUCAGACUUGUUAAAGGAGGAGUUUGACGACGGAAAUGUUUCGACAGAGACAUCUAGAACAAUCGCAUCGACACUACCAACGUCAACAACAACAACUGCAGCUACAAAGAUAACUGCAGCUGCAACGACAACAACUACUAAUAUUACAAAAACAACAGCUGCAACUAAUGAAAACGCAACUAAAGCCACAAAUAUUGACAGUAGAAUUACUCUCACUCCUACUGUUACAAAUCCUUCAACCGACGUUACCACUACAAUGACCAGCACAGCAAACUCCUUGAAUGAUCAUCUUUCAAACACACAAUCACACACCACGCUUAAAUCCAUUGAUGAGGGAUUGCGCAGACAAAACAACAAUAACAUCAACAACAACAUCAACAACAACAACGACUUCAAAAAAACAACAACACCAACACCAUCAACGACAUCAACAAAAACGUUGCACGCAUCUGUAACUUUGACGCUGGCGUCCGUGGCUUUGACGCUGGCGUCCGCAACAUCAACGACAGCAGAAAGGAUGACAUCAUUGUCUACUACAUUCACCCACUUCCAUAGCCACAAAAACGACUGCAGCAAAUACGGUUGCUACAAAAACAACAACAUCAGCUUCAGCAACCGCAGCAGCAACAACUACAGCAACGACAACUGGCAACUCGAAACAAGACAAAACGAUGAACAAUCGGGAGAUGAACGUCUUGCAAGCGCUAACAAGACUGCAUCAAAUAAAACAAGCAACACCAACAAUAACAAAAACAAUAACGGCCAAAACAACAACAACAACAAUAAUAACAAUAAUAGUGUUAGUGCUAGUAAUAGUAGUAGUGCCAAUGAAAACAACAUUAACGCUAACAAAAGCACUGCAACCGCUAGCAACAGCGAAACAAAUAACAUCAACAAAAACAACAAAAGCAACAACAACAACAAUAAAAACAACACUAACAACAAAACUAACGUUACUAACAACAAUAACAACAACAAAACCGUCAACAAAAACAACAGCAACACCACCACUACCAACAACAGCAGCAACAACAACAAACGAAUCUGCAACCCAACCGUUGUCAUCUCUUGCAGCAGUAAACGAUUAUGUCAAAGUAAUGCAUCUCCAGCUUCUAACAACAACAACAGCAACAACAACAACAACAACAUCAAAAACUUAUCAAUCACAUUAACAAGCGACAACAAUAAUAUAAAUAUGACUAGCAGCUGCAAUUCAAAUAACAAUAACGAGGGCACUAACAACCAUAAUAGUAACAAUAACAACAGCAGCAACAACAACAAAAACAACAACAACAACACAAACGAAAAAAGACUUCCGAAAACACGUUCAUUUAGUCAGAGGAAGAGGAGUAAUAUUAAUGCUCUCCUGGAAAUCGUUAAAAAUGGACUCUUAAAUCUUCCUGGAAAAACAAAAAAAAGAAAUAAUAAAUGA